AACAAAGAAAUAUUAUGACCAGAAAUGGCAUGCAUUAAAUGCGAGAAUGAUCAAAUAAAUACGUAAAAGGCAAUACAAAAAUUGAAACAUUAAAAAUAAGCUAAUCGCUUUUGUGUAUCCAUCACGCAAAUUUUUAUAGCACUCAUAAAAAUACGAAAACGCAAAUGAAACAGAGGAACACCGCAACGAACAAAAUGCAAAUGGGCCAUAGAAGGCGAUUUGAAUGACAAAACGAACACCAAUCGAGUCUUCAUUGGUGAUCUUCACUAAAUUCGUCUGAGACUCGAUCAGAUGUCCUGUCACCGAUUUUCAGGAGGAGGACACCACCCGCCUGGAGGUCCGCCUCCCCCUCGCCAUCACCACCACCAUCGUGGCAGACAUGGUAGUGGUAGACACUGUGGACACGGUCACCAUUGUUUUCCACCACCCCAUCAUUGGCCCCAUGGACAUGGAAGUCACUUUUGGGAGGAACAUAGUCCACCUCCACCACCACCCCAUUGUCCACCACCGGGGGGAUAUCUGCAUGUUGGUCACUAUUGGCAUGGUCAUCCUCCUCCGCCACCUUCGGUACCAUCACCACAUCAACCGCAACCAUCAGGAUCUCCACCACGAGGGUGUCCGCAUUGUGGUUGCCCAGGAGGCGGUCCACCUCAGAGUGGAUUGCCUGGUGCCGAAAGACACCCAACUCCCAACGAAACCCCAAACGACGAUAGGCAAGACAAACUGCCCACUAAUGAAAUACCUGGAAAGAACAAAUACGAAAUAAUUGAUCUUUGAAUCCAUAAUAGAUAUAAUAAUAUAGAGUAAUUGCAUUUGUAUCUGAGAAUAAACUUAUACAUAUGUAUAUCAA